AUGCUGAAGCUCAAGGCCGACCUUCCCGACCUGUACGCCGUCUUAACGGAGCUGAAAAUCGAUGCGUCCGCUUGGAAGCGGCGUGACACCGGAUACAACUCCCUCGCCCUCGCCUUCGACAAUCCUUCGGCAGCGGUCAUGUGGCACUGCCAGAGCCGCUUCAACAAAAUCUCCGGCUGCUUAGCGUGA